AUGCCUUUCUCGCCCUGCUUGUCUCCCACAAAGACAGCAAAUGUGCCUGCCACCGCAUUCGCCAAAAUCCCUCUCCCCCAUCCAGAUUAUCCUUCCCUGUUGGCUCAGAGGGAAGUACCAGAAAACCACCUUAUAGCUAUGAACAACGUUCUGAACUUUGAACAGCUUCUGACAUCAGAGUGGACACAGGUACUUAGGGUGGGCGUUGGGAGUAUCCUCGUAGAUUGUCUGAUGGAUUCCACGACGAUUGAGCGGACUGCUGUUGAUAAGCGUACCAACGAAGAGAUUAAAGAGAAUCAACCAGUGUUCUACCAUGCGUAUGAAUAUAACGCAUCGCAAAAGAUGGCUUGCGCGAAACGCUUCACCCGUGUCAUCUGCCCAUGCUCAUCAAGCCCAGGCCUUGGCUCAACCAUGACCGAGGUGGAUAUCUCUACAAUUGAUGUGAUGAUAUCUACACUUUCAUUAUUUUCGAGUGAUAGCUCGUACAUUGCUGGAACAAAUGGCUACUCGAAUGGCAUUGUUCCUAUGCUUCGCGCAUAUGAUGCCACAGCACGCUAUGUUGAUCAAGGUGGCAACAAGCGGCCGGGAGCUUUCGCGAUCUACCUUGAACCAUGGCACCCUGACAUCUUCGAUUUCCUCGACCUGAGCAAGAACCAUGGUAAAGAGGAGUCGCGCGCCCGUGACUUGUUCUACGCACUGUGGAUUCGUGACCUGUUCAUGAAACACGUCGAAUCCAAUGAAAAUUGGUCGCUGUUCUGCCCAAACGAAGUGCCUGGUCUUCACGAGGUUCAUGGCGAGGAAUUUGAGGCUCUAUAUGAGACGUACGAGAUAGAGGGACACGCACAGACGGUCAUUCCAGCUCAAAAGUUGUGGUAUGCUAUCCUUGAAGCUCAGAUUGAGACUGGUGGUCCUUUCAUGGUGUACAAAGAUUCCGCUAACCGCAAAUUGAACCAAAAGAACUUGGGCACCAUCAAGUUGUCCAACUUGUGUACUGAAAUAAUAGAGUACUCGUCGCCGGAGGAAACCGCCAUUUGUAACCUUGCCUCUCUUGCUCUCCCUACUUUCAUCUCAAACGGCAAGUAUGAUUUCCAAAAGCUUCAUGAUGUUGCGAAGGUCGUCACCUGCAACCUGAAUCGCAUCAUCGAUGUUAACAUGCGCCACCGUCCCAUUGGUCUUGGUGUCCAGGGUCUCGCAGAUGCUUUCAUGAUUCUCCGUCUACCAUUUGACUCACCGGAGGCAAGGCAACUCAAUUUUCAGAUCUUUGAGACCAUCUAUCACGCUGGACUCGAGGCCAGCUGUGAGGAAGCUGAAAUAGAUGGGCCAUACGAGACUUUCAGGGGUAGUCCUGCCGAUCUCGGUCAACUGCAGUAUGAUCUCUGGGGUGUCACUCCCUCUGACCUUUGUGAUUGGACCAGUCUCAAGGAAAAGAUCGCACAAACUGGAUUGCGGAAUUCAUUGUUGGUUGCACCCAUGCUGACUGCAUCAACUAGUCAAAUUUUCGGUUUCAAUGAAUGUUUCGAACCCUACACCAGUAAUAUCUACACUCGUCAUGUCCUUGCUGGUGAAUUCCAGGUUGUAUGUCCCUGGUUGCUCAGGGACCUUGUCGAUCGUGGGCUCUGGAAUGACGACAUGAAGAACAUGAUCAUUGCUCAUAAUGGCUCUGUCGCCAACAUCCCCAGCAUACCAAAUUAUAUUAAAGCCAUUUACAAAACCAUUUGGGAGAUCUCACAGAAGAAGGUUAUCGACCUCGCUGCUGACCAUGGAGCGUUCAUUUGUCAGAGUCAGAGUUUGAACAUCCACUUGCAGUCGCCUACUGUAGGCCAACUGACUAGUAUGCACUUCUAUGGCUGGAAGAAGGGCCUCAAGACUGGGAUGUACUAUUUGCGUACUCGUCCGGCAGCGCAAGCCGUUCAGUUCACUAUUGACCAGAGCGUGCUCAAAGCAGCCAAGGUGCAACAGGGCGAAUCCGGCAAGGCUGCCACUGGCAUUCCUACCCCUUCUGCAUCUCCAUCCCCUCUUCGCCGAGUUCCUCCACCAUCUAAUUCGAAUGACAAUGGUGUUGCACUGAGUUUGUCAGGCCCCCACUGCCAUGAUCGCAGUCUCGACCAGACGACCCCAGUUCUGUGA